AUAUGUUGUACUAUGUACAUAUCAGUGUUUCAGUAGUAACCAUACUCAAACAAAACUAAACGUCCUUGACUAGAUUUAGUAACAUUUAUUUUUGUUUGAAAACACAGCAGUCAGUAAAAUAUUAUUAUAAUUAUUAUUCUUUCUAGUUUGAACUAACAGCAUGUAUAUGACAAGUGUGUUAUGGUUGUGUACUCUACUGUGGUCAGUUGGACUAGCAGUCAUACCGAUACCAUCACGGUCACCAGACAAAAAUAAUAAUGUUGACUGUACAGGACCCAUAGCAUUUACAUCAACAGGGAGUACAUCAGUCCAUUCUACAGGUCUGGUAGCGUAUAAACAGAAUAUUGUUAACUUAGCUGUUACGUGGGAUCGUGAGGUUGGUGUCUAUACAUGCGCUUGUUCUGGCCUCUAUCAAUUUUCUUUCUCUGGUUCCACUGAAGAAAACACAAGGAUGGUGUUGAAGAAAAGAUUAAACAACGGUAAGCAGUGGAUACCAAUUAUAGCAACAAAACCAGGUGGUGGAUCAGCUACAAUACUUUUGGAAGUAGAAAGUGGAGAUCAGGUAGCUGUAUAUUUGGAUGGGAAUUCAAAAAAAUUCAAUGCUAGAGACACGGACAAGACAUAGAUGUUACAUCGUUCAGUGGUUACAGAUUAGCAAAAUAAAAUAAAGAGUUGUUUUACAUACUUAUAACAAAAUAUAAAAUUUGUAAUAGCAUUAAAUAAAACCUACAAUUUUAAAAAAAGAAA